UCUGCAGUCAGUCAGUCAGGCAGCCAGCCGCCUGACUUGUAGGAGGAGGGACAGGAAAAUGCCUUUCUCUGUGGGAGACAUUAGCCCUUGUGAUCUCAUGAAUAUAUUAUAGAGGGUCAUUGUGCAAUGAGGAAGGUAUUGCUGAGCUGCCAGGUUGUGGCCUGCCCCAAGCACAGACUGCAACAAGCUUAUUCUAAUUGACUCGUAUAGCUUAUAGUUAGUUACUGUUUAAAGGUGACACCGCAUGGAAGUUUGCAAUAAAUAAGAAUAGCAUAAUAAUAUUUAAAGCGUUAUUUAUAGUGUACUCGUCAAGAGUCUGGGAUGUAAAAACAAAAAGAAAAACAUAUUAUUAAUACGCUCGACAACACGGUAAUCAAGCAGCCUUGUCUUGUUAGCAGGGACUGCGACACUAGCUAGCUAGUUAGCCGAGUAGCUAACCGUCUACAAUCAAGCGGCUCUUCAUCGUCUGGCAGCUGGAGCAGGCAAAAGGGCUGCCUCUUGAGGACUGUGGGGGCUCUCUAAUGAUCCCCCCCCCGUUCAUCCGAUGAACCCCCUUAACUCCAUGAAACCUUCCCUGCCUCCCAAUCCGCAAAGCAGUGACGGCCCCUUCCUGAAUGACCCAGUCUCCUGGCAACCAGGCACCAAUCAGCACCCAGGAUCUCUCUCUGUAGUAACCACAGUGUGGGGCGUGACCAAUCCCACACACAGCCAGGUGUUCUGUGCACCCAUGGGUCCGGGUGAGAGCUCUGGCGGUCACAUGAUGCCUGGUGGCAGCCCCGGUAUGGGUCCUGGCAUGGGCUCCCAGUUCAUGGGCCAGCAGUCGUAUGGGGACGCUGUCUCGAAAGGUUACGGUCAGCCAAUCAUGUACGGACGUCCCAGUGCUGCUUACAACCCGGCCUCGGCGUACGGUGGAAGUUACUCUGGUAACAGUGGAGGUGCCGGUCUGGGUGUCCGUCCUCCCUCAGACUUCACUCAGGCUGCUGCCGCUGCUGUUGCUGCCGCCGCUGCCACAGCAACUGCCACUGCUACGGCAACUGUUGCGGCAAUACAGGAGAAACAGAACCAGGAGCUGAACUAUGGCCAGAUGGGUGGAGCAUCCUCUUACAGCACCCAGUUCCUGUCUCAUGCGGGCCCUCGCGGCCCUCCAGGGAUGGUCUCUUCCAGGCCCGGACCUCCACCUUCCACCGCAGGCCUGUAUCCUUCUCACCCUUCCCAGGGUCAGAAGAUGCCCCAACACGGAGGGUAUCCUGGUCCACAGCAGGGGCUCAAACGGCCUUUUCAUUCAGAGGGCUUUCCAGUGCAGCAGUACGGCUCUGGUGGGAUGUCAGGGUACCCCACCCAGCCUCUGCAGUACCCCCCUGGUCCACAGCAGCGAUGUGCCCCCUCACCCUCUUACCCCUCCAGUCGGAUGCCUCUCAUGGGGCAGUACACUUCUGGAUCACACAACCCGGCACAGUUCCCCCCUGGAGCCGGUCAGCCCAAUCCUCCACAGUAUUAUAAGUCGGAGCCAUUCAAUGGUCAGGGCAGCUUGCCAUCUGGAGGAGCAGGAGGAUACAAUGCCUUCACACAGGCUGCGGUCAACGGGCCAGGUCGGGGUGGAGUGAUGCCCGGAUAUCCCAGCUCACCAAUGGGAGGGAAUCCCACGCCUCCGAUGACACCCGGGACGUCCAUACCUCCCUAUCUGUCCCCGGGCCAGGACACGAAACCCCCCUACCUCCCACCGGACAUCAAACCCAACAUCAACACCCAGCAGGUCUCUACAGGUGAGACUCGACUCUGCAGUGAACUCAAAUCAGAAAGCAAAGAAGAUACUUGGUCAUCCCUUGCGAUAAGUAACCCGAGCGACGACCUGCGUCUGACGUUCCCGGUACGAGACGGCGUCGUGUUGGAGCCGUUCAGGCUGGAGCACAACCUGGCCGUCAGUAACCACGCCUUCCAGCUGAGAGACUCCGUCUACAAAACCCUCAUGUUGAGACCCGACCUGGAGUUGCAGUUUAAGUGUUACCAUCACGAGGAUAGACAAAUGAACACUAACUGGCCUGCGUCUGUACAAGUGAGUGUCAAUGCAACUCCUUUGUGCAUCGAAAGAGGGGACAACAAAACCUCCCACAAGCCCCUGUACCUAAAGCCAGUGUGUCAACCGGGACGUAACACAGUGCAGAUCACAGUCACCGCCUGCUGUUGUUCCCACCUGUUUGUGUUGCAGUUGGUCCACCGGCCGUCUGUCAGGUCUGUCCUGCAGGGUUUGAUGAAAAAGAGACUCCUGCCGGCCGAGCACUGCAUCACUAAGAUAAAGAGAAAUUUCAGUAGCGGUACUAUCCCCGGGACCCCAGGUCUGAACGGAGAGGACGGCGUAGAGCAGACGGCAAUCAAAGUUUCGCUCAAAUGCCCGAUCACGUUCAGACGAAUCCAGCUGCCAGCAAGAGGUCACGACUGCAGACACAUACAGUGUUUCGACCUGGAGUCUUAUUUGCAGCUUAAUUGUGAAAGAGGGACCUGGAGAUGUCCUGUGUGCAAUAAAACCGCUUUGCUAGAAGGACUGGAGGUGGACCAGUACAUGCUCGGGAUUCUUGUCUACAUCCAGAAUUCUGACUAUGAGGAGAUCACCAUAGACCCGGUGUGUGGUUGGAGGCCGGUGCCUGUCAAACCAGAUCUGCAGAUAAAGGAGGAGCCGGACGGUCCGGUCCUGAAGCGUUGCAGAACAGUCAGCCCGAGUCACAUGGUCCUGCCCAAUGUGAUGGAGAUGAUCGCCGCCCUCGGCCCGGCAUCGUCCCCCUACCACAGCCUGACUGCAGGGGGCAGGAACACCCCCGACUACAACAGGCCAGGUAGAGUCAAGAGAGAAGAUGGCAGAACAAUGACAGAACAAUGUCCCCUGUGGAGCCAGGGAUUCUCCAGCCAGGGAGGAUUCACAGACUUCCCCAACACUCCCGGCACCCCGACGCUCGGAGAGUACUCCUCCUCCGGCCCUCCACUCCCCUAUCAGUCUGAGCAGACGCCUCAUUCUGGACGAAUCGAACACGCCCAUAACAUUCUCCAGCAGCACAGUUCAAGUGUUCAUGGUAAUCAGAGUCUCGGUGACGGCGGCAGUCCACUGCCGCAGCGGAACAUCAAUGCCCAGAAUUCCCGGCUGCAGAGCGACGGCGGCUACGUUCUGGGAGGCCCCGGAGGACCUGGGGGAGAGGGGGCCGAUCAUGCACUAGACCUUCUUCCUGAGCUGACCAACCCGGACGAGCUGCUGUCCUACCUGGGCCCCCCCGACCUUCCCAACAACAGCAGUGAUGACCUGCUGUCUCUGUUCGAGAACAACUGACCACCUUCAGUCAUCUUCCAGCCUCCGCUUCUCUGUUUGCUGUAGCCCGGCCCUCAUUGGUUGCUCCCCCGUCUCUGCGGGCACCGACUUCUAGUGUGUGUGUGUGUGUGUGCAUGUGCGUGUGCGUGUGCAUAAAUGCGUGAGUGUGUAUGUGUGUGCGAGUGUACAUGAGUUGCGUUUUUGUGUAUCUUUUUGUCUUUUUUUGAAGUGUCCUGCUGUAAAUUCAUUCAGAGCGGUAUAAAGCAACAGGAGGGAACACGCUUGACAUGUGAACACUGUCUAUCAUGAAGAAUAUAACAGUACAUACUGUAGGCACUGACUCUGCAGACCAGCAUUUUAAACUAUAGCACAAAUCACAGGGUGAAGGAUUUAAAUAUACAGUAUUUAAUUUAUAGAUUUUAUUACUUGGAAGUGGAGGAUAACUGAAGCUGGGAUGUGUUUAUAGGGAGGUAACAGUGGUUCCCAAACUUUUUCUGUCGGGGGGGGCGCCCUUUUUUGCACACACGCAUUUUACUGGUAGAUUACUUUGUAGCGCAACCGCCGGAACUGUUUAUAUAAAAUAUAUAAAAAAUAUAAAAUCUUUAUCAUUCUGUUAAGUUUCCAGAGUUGUAAGAUCCUUUCUCGAUAUAUUUUGAACCACCGUAACCCCCAUCCUCCCAGUUUGGGAACCACUGCAUUAAAGCUUAAAGCUUUUGAUAUUCUAUAUUUUACUUAUUGUCAAAUACUUCCACGAAAAGACCAACACCAACAAUUUGUUAUUCCGUCUCUCAGUAUUUAAGGACUUCCUGUCUGUGGCGCCAUUGGUUCCUACUGAAGACGUAAAGCUUAAGAUUUGUCAUUGCACGUUAAACACAACAGAAUUUGGUCAAAAUACAAAUAUAUAUAUAUAUAUAUAUAGUGUUUUAAAAUUAAAAAAAUAACAUUUGUUGGGGACUAUUUUCAGUGGCGGACAAAUCCACAUUUGGUGCAACAGUGUGGCUCAUUGCAGGUUUUUAAUAGUUUGACAAUAGAGCUCUGUGGCACGGAGGAAGAAGAUGCAUCAGGUUUUCACACACACACACACACAUAUAAUACUUGUUAGUCGAUACAUGUACUAUUGGCUUUAGGAUUUAUUGACAAGAAAGAUGUUGAAUAUCACCAGACUUAAUCUUUAAUACAUAAUGAUGUAAGAUAAGGGCAGUGGUCACUUUCUUUGUUUUCUUUCUUUGAUCAGUCCGGAGUAAAAGAAAAGAUCCCAGUGACCUCCUCACCUAGGGACAAAACAAAGCCCAGCCUAUGAAGGCAGGGCCCAAAUGUAAAAUAGACAUUUUUUAAUACAUGAAGUUUAGGAGCGCGCUGAUGUUCAUUGUAUCUCUGACAUCCUUCAGCACUGUGAAAUAUAUGAAAGCUCCCAUCUUUCCCUCGGUUUGGUUUCACCCUCUUUCGAAGGGUUUUUCAAGCAUACUGUAAAUGAGUACAGCCGUGUGUCGUGGCAUUUUCUGCCAUUUGAAAGCUACUAGUAUGUUUUAAAAUCGUUUGACAUGUAUAACCCAUCAUGACACGGGUUUGUGUACUGUAUAAUCAGCUGUUUUCAUUAGAGAACGUGUGUGUAUCAAAUGAAUUGUUAAUCAUGGUAAUUUUAAUGUUAUUUAGUUGGAUAAUGGAUCAUUGUUGGCACUGUAUACAUACUGUAUGUUAGAAAAUUAUAAAGCAAUUGUAAAAAGGUCAUACUAAUGCAUGUAUGACAGAAAACAGUCAGCUGACAUUAAGUAAUGCAGAGGAAGACAUUAUUCUUAUUACCACUUUUUAAAGCUGACGCUUUUUUCUAUGAAUGAUUUUACCCUUUGUGGUCCAACAAGGCAACAAGAAAUAAUGUUCUUUGUCAAUUGAGCAACCAAUAAUGUUAUAUUUGGAAAUUAUGGGCUAUUUAACUGCAAAUUUGCUAGAAAAAAAAAGUUUUUUAAUAUGUAAACUAUUCCACAUAUUUUGUAACACAUUGUAAUUGCCAUUAUUUUCUAUUUAUUUUUAAAUCAUAAUCGUCAUUGUACCUACAGUUACCUUGUCCCUUUCCUGAAUCUCAGAAUCUGAAUUAAAAAUCACUUUAUUUGACAAAAAUAGUUUGUUUUGGAGGCUCUGGUAUUUAUUAAGUAUUCAAUACUGAGACGUUUCAUCGUUGGGUAUUUAUUGUUGCAGCUAUUGAAGAGGAGGUCAUUUUAAUUUAUAUGCAGUACUGUUUCAUAAAAUGCUACUUUAUACAA